AUGCGCCAACAUGUCUUCAUCCUCUGCUCGAUUUUGCUCUGUUCUCUCCUCCUGCCAUCUCCAUCUCUCCCACUCCCCUGUUUCUACCCUUCUCGCCUACUCCCUUUCUCAUUAUCUCCCUUCUCCCCACCUCCCCUUAUCCCCAUCUCUCUGUCCCCUCUUUUCCCCUUCUCCCCUUUCCCCACCUCCCUCAAUCUUCACAUCUUCCUUCCCUCAUCCUAGGUGGCAUGCGGGGGCAUCGGAGGCGGUGCAGCAGCAAGUGGAGGAGCACAUGGGGCGGGGCGGGUGA